AAGUUUUUCGUUUUGUGGCAAGUGAACGGCGACAAUAACUGUAUGGCAAUGGAUUUUUUGUUCGGUUCACGAUCGAGUAAAACCUUUAAGCCGAAAAAGAAUAUACCGGAGGGCACGCAUCAAUAUGAUCUCAUGAAGCAUGCAGCCGCCACACUCGGCUCCGGCAAUUUACGCAACGCCGUCGCUCUGCCCGAUGGCGAGGAUCUCAACGAAUGGGUGGCCGUCAACACUGUGGAUUUCUUUAAUCAGAUUAAUAUGCUGUAUGGCACAAUAACGGAAUUCUGUACGGAGGAGAGUUGUGGCAUUAUGUCGGCCGGUCCGAAAUAUGAAUACCAUUGGGCGGAUGGUUUGACCGUUAAGAAGCCCAUUAAAUGCAGCGCACCCAAGUAUAUUGAUUAUUUGAUGACCUGGGUGCAGGACCAGCUGGAUGAUGAGACACUGUUCCCAUCCAAAAUUGGUGUACCAUUUCCAAAGAAUUUUCUCACCUCCGCUAAAACCAUAUUGAAGCGACUGUUUCGCGUCUAUGCACACAUCUAUCAUCAGCACUUCUCCGAGGUGGUGACGCUGGGCGAGGAGGCCCAUUUGAAUACGUCCUUUAAGCAUUUUAUAUUCUUUGUGCAAGAGUUCAAUCUGAUUGAACGACGCGAACUGGCCCCGCUCCAAGAGCUCAUCGAUAAGCUGACGGCAAAGGAUGAACGGCAAAUAUAGGAAUCACUGCAACCGACGAUGGACAGUGGUGGGAAUAGCGUUAAUCUACAAUUGGACUUGUGAUGGGCGGGCGCAAGUGCGCUUUACUUUCAAUUGUAUUUGAACGCUAUAUAUACAUAUAUAUUACGCUUCAGUUAGUUACCGCCUUUCCUUUUUUCUCGUUUAUAGCUUUUAAGUUUUGUUCAGUGCUUUUUGUGGUCCCACUAAAAUUACCAAUAGUGCGUUGUUUGCUGAUGAUAAUGGAGCUGAUGGGCUUAACAUCUACUAUAUUUUUAUAUGUGACACAUACUUUUAAGAGAUAUAAAACACACUUAUAUUUAUAUAUGUAUGUAUAUUUAUAUA